AUGGUCUCUAUGACAGCCUCAACAGAAGAAGCUCAUAAAAAUGUGCGAAAAGAAGAUCAGGCCAAAGAACGUAAUGUGAGCCAGAUCUGGCGAAAGGGAUUGGCUGGAGGAGUGGCAGGAUGUGCUGUAAGAAUCAUUGUCUUUGCCAAAACAGUGGUUGCACCUCUAGAGCGAGUAAAAAUACUUUUUCAAACCGCUCAUCUCGGCUUCGUGCGGCAUACCACGCACUGGCUAGGCUUUGUGCAUGCCAUGCAAGCGAUCCGACAGCGUUAUGGGAACCAGGCACUAUUUCAAGGCCAUUCAGUCACAUUAUUGCGAAUUUUCCCUUACGCUGCUAUAAAUUUCCUUGCCUAUGAUCAGAUUCGAGCUAGCUUUAUUACAUCUCCUGAUCACGAGACACCCUUCCGUCGCUUGAUAUCGGGCAGUCUAGCCGGUGCCAUAUCAACAUCUUGCACAUACCCAUUUGAGCUUAUUCGUGUACAGUUGGCUGUGCAGAUCAAGGAUACCUCCUUGGUUGCUACCUGUCGAAAUAUCUACAAAGAUGGCGGACUCACCAAUUUCUACCGUGGAUAUGCGCCUACAUUGUUAGGAAUCUUGCCCUAUGCGGGUACAUCCUUUUUCACCCACGACCUGAUUGGGGAUUGGCUUCGGUCUCCAAAGCUAGCACCAUAUACGACCCUUGAAGCAUCAAAAUCUAAACAGAGACAUAGUAGUACCAAGCAUGUCCAGUUGACUGCGGUUGCAGAGCUUACUUCUGGAGCUUUGGCUGGUUUGGUUGCACAGACAGUCUCCUAUCCACUGGAGAUUAUCCGUCGACGCAUGCAGGUCCACAGGGCUGAUAUGAAAAACGGCCGCCGAGCAAACAUUGUUGACACGGCUCGGACUAUUUACUUGGAAAGAGGUGUCAGAGGCUUUUACCUGGGACUGACGAUCGGGUAUAUCAAAAUUAUGCCUAUGGUAGCGACCAGCUUCUUUGUUUAUGAUCGCAUGAAAGGGUAUCUAGGUGUGUAUUAA